AGUCGUUAAUUUGUAAGUAUUUACUCUUUGUGUUUAUUAAUUAAAUUAAGUGUUUGUUAAUUUCAGAUGAUUUAAUAACAUGUAUUUUCCAUAACUUUUAGGAUCACUCAACUCAAACAUUCCCCGUCAUUUUUUAAUAUUUAAUCGUGCUUGUGUUUGGCAUUGUGAUGGCUGCUCUUAACAGAUUUCGGUGUGACGAUGAGACCGGUGAAAUUAUAAUGUACCAGGUCAAUGAAGAAACUGGCGAACCAUCAAAUACUCAUAAGAGUUUUCCGAUAAAUUCAGGUCGAGAACUAAAAUGCUCACGAAAACAUAUACAAUUUCCUCGUGGAUAUAUGAGUAAAACAAAAAAAUUUCAAACUCUGAAGGAAAAAAUUUUAUCUGGUUCUAACACUGUGAGUCACAGAAUGCUUCUCUCAAUUCCUACAUUAAUGAUUUUCCCUAGUUUUGUGUGUGUGAUGUUAGUGGUACUUGAAAUUUUUCUUCAUAUUGGUUGUCACAGAAAGAAUGUAAUGUUAAAAGAUUCUAAUCUAUUUUAUCAAAGCCCAUUUCAUGUUGUUACAAGUAUAUUUUGUGGAGUAUGUAGAGAUAGUAAUACAGCCUCAAAAAUAACUGCUCUACAAGACAAAAGGCGGUACCAUUAUAAUUAUUUUACUGGAUCAUAGAAUUCUUUUGAAAAAUAUCACAUAUAAAUUUAAAAUGUAAUUAAGGGAAUUUUUGUAUUACUAAAUUUUAUUCAUGACUUCAUUUGUAACUUUUUAAUGUAUAUAAAAACUCAUUUGUCAUCAGCCCUGCUUAAAUUUUUCCACCUUUUAUAACAUCUACAUAUUAUUGUUUAAACAAAGUUAAAAUAAUAAUUAUAAUUCUUUCAAAA